UUAGCGCUGUAUCCCUCAGCCAUUUUUUGUUGUCACUAGCAAGCUGUGUAGAAGUGACGCUUAUUUCUUCAUCUCAGAUCUUAUUUUCACGUAUUUAAUCCAGCCGCCUCGCAAGGGAACUGGCAUUUUAUAUUUUUACGCAGACCUUGCAAACAUGUCUGACUUCAUCGAGAGCGAGGCUGAGGAGUCAGAGGAGGAGUUUGAGGAAAAGGAUCUGAAGCCCAAGAAGACACAAAGAUUUAUGGAAGAUGAUGAAGAGGAAGAAGAAGAGAAUACUGAAGACCAGGACGAACACGGUAACCUGAGAGGACUUAUAGAUGAUGGUGAUGUGGAAGAAGAGGAGGAAGGAGGGAGAGAACAGCAAAGUGGGCGAGAGGCAAGUGACUCUGAUGAAGAGGUCCGCCAUCGCCGCAGGAAACGGAGUUAUGAUGACUAUCUGGACGAUGAUGAUCUGGACCUUAUCGAGGAGAAUCUGGGAGUUAAAGUCAAGAGGAGGAAAAAGAAAUACUCGCGUGUGAAAACCAUGGAUGAUGAGGGGGAAGAUGAUGAGAAGGACAUGAUCGCUGAUGAGAUCUUCACUGGGGAUGGAGACGGAGAUGGAGAGUUGGAGGACGGAGAGGCUGUGAGCACACGACCUCCAGGGGAUGAUGAAGAGGAGGAAGAUGAUGAGGAAUCAGAUAUAGACGAUUUCAUUGUGGAUGAUGAUGGACAGCCCAUCACAAAAAAGAAGGGAAAGAAAUAUUCUGGCUACACUGAUGCUGCCUUGCAAGAAGCUCAAGAGAUUUUUGGCGGUGACUUUGACUUUGCUGAGUUUGACACUGAGGCGUACGACCAUGCUGAAGAAGAAGAGGAGGAUCAGGAUGAUGAGUCAUGGGAUCGGCCGAAGAAACAGACCAAGAGGAGAGUCGGCCGUCGUAGCAUCUUUGAGAUCUAUGAGCCCAGUGAGCUAGAGAGCAGCCAUAUGACGGAUCAGGACAAUGAGAUCCGCUCCACAGACAUGCCGGAGAGAUUCCAGUUGAGGGCCAUUCCUGUGAAACCCGCCGAGGAUGACGAGCUGGAGGAGGAAGCUGAAUGGAUCUACAGGAAUGCAUUUUCCACACCGACCAUCUCCAUGCAGGAAAGCACAGACUAUCUGGAUCGUGGAACAACCACUAAUUUCAGCAGGAAGGGCCCCAGCACCAUUGCUAAAAUCAAAGAGGCCCUGAAUUUCAUGAGGAACCAGCACUUCGAGGUUCCCUUCAUUGCAUUCUACAGGAAGGAGUAUGUGGAACCGGAGUUAAACAUCAAUGAUCUGUGGAAGGUGUGGCAGUGGGAUGAGAAGUGGACCCAGCUGAAGACCAGGAAGCAGAAUCUGACACGUCUUUUUCAGCGAAUGCAAUCCUAUCAGUUUGAGCAGAUCUCGGCUGACCCAGACAAACCGCUGUCUGACGCGACGCGUCCUCUAGAUACUGGUGAUAUGGAGAGACUCAAAGAUGUUCAGGCUCUUGAUGAGCUGGGCGAUGUAUACAACCACUUCCUGCUCUACUAUGGUCGGGACAUUCCUAAGAUGCAGAAUGCAGUGAAAUCAAGCAAAAAGAAGCUGAAGAAGAUCAAGGAAGUGUCAGAGGAAGAUGGUGAGGAGGUGGAGGUAGAAGAGGAGGAAGAGGAGGAGGAGCAAAAGGGACCGGAUCUGAAACAAGCCUCCAGAAGGGAUAUGUACAGCAUCUGCCAGAGCGCUGGCCUUGACGGUCUUGCCAAAAAGUUUGGUCUGUCACCAGAGCAGUUUGGAGAGAAUUUGCGAGACAGUUAUCAGAGGCACGAAACGGAGCAGUUCCCUGCAGAGCCUCUGGAGCUGGCCAAGGACUAUGUGUGCAGCCAGUUUAACACUCCUGAGGCUGUUCUGGAAGGAGCUCGCUACAUGGUUGCCAUGCAGAUUGCCCGUGAACCUUUGGUCAGGCACGUGCUCAGACAAACCUUCCAGGAGAGAGCCAAGAUUAACAUUAAGCCAACUAAGAAGGGCAAGAAGGACGUAGAUGAAGCACACUAUGCCUAUUCCUUCAAGUACCUGAAGAACAAGCCUGUGAAAGAGCUCAGCGGAGAUCAGUUCUUAAAGAUGUGCCUGGUUGAGGAUGAAGGCCUGCUCACCAUAGACAUCUGCAUUGACCUUUUGGGAGUCAAAGGGUUUGGAGAUCAGACUUACUUUGAUGAGAUCAAGCAGUUCUACUACCGAGAUGAGUUCAGUCAUCAAGUGCAGGAGUGGAAUAAGCAGAGAACGCUGGCCAUUGAACGCGCCCUGCAACAGUUCCUGUAUCCUCAGAUGGCCAAAGAGCUGAAGAACAAACUCAUCGCUGAAGCAAAGGAGAAUAUUGUUAAGUCAUGCUGCAAGAAGCUGUAUAACUGGCUGAAGGUGGCGCCAUACCGGCCUGAUCAACAGGUGGAGGAGGAUGAUGAUUUAAUGGACGAGUCACAGGGAAAGGGCAUCCGUGUGCUGGGGGUGGCUUUUGCUUCCGGCCGAGACACACCAGUAUUCUGUUCCCUCAUUAACGGUGAAGGAGAGGUCGUAGAUUUCCUCAGGCUUCCUUAUUUCUUAAAGAGGAGAAAUGCUUGGAGAGAGGAUGAAAGAGAAAAGAAACUUCAAGACAUUGAAAACCUCAAGAAGUUCCUCCUUAGCAAGAAGCCACAUGUCGUCGCUGUUGCCGGGGAAAAUCGUGAUGCUCAGAUGGUGAUGGAAGACAUCAAGCGUACCAUCAGUGAGCUGGAGCAGGACUCUUCUUUGCCCGCAGUGGCAGUAGAGCUGGUGGACAAUGAGCUGGCUGUUCUCUAUAUGAACAGCAAGAGAUCUGAGGCGGACUUCAGAGACUACCCUCCGCUGCUUCGCCAGGCUGUGUCUGUAGGCCGUAAGAUACAGGACCCACUGGUGGAGUUUGCCCAAGUUUGUAGCACCGAUGACGACAUCCUAUGUUUGAAACUACAUCCCCUACAGGAACAUGUGGUGAAAGAAGAGCUGCUGGGGGCUCUCUAUUGCGAGUUUAUAAACCGAGUGAAUGAAGUUGGUGUGGAUGUGAACCGAGCCAUUGCCCACCCAUACACACAGAGUCUGGUCCAGUUCAUCUGUGGUCUUGGAUCAAGAAAAGGCUCACACCUGCUCAAGAUUCUAAAACAGAACAACACUAGAUUAGAGAACCGGACUCAGUUGGUCACCAUGUGCCAUAUGGGACCCAAAGUCUUCAUUAACUGUGCCGGCUUCAUCAAGAUCGACACAGCUUCUCUUGGAGACAGCACUGACUCCUACAUCGAAGUUCUGGACGGUUCUCGAGUGCACCCAGAAACGUACGAGUGGGCACGGAAAAUGGCUGUGGAUGCUCUGGAGUACGAUGAGUCUGCAGAGGAUGCCAACCCAGCUGGAGCUCUGGAGGAGAUUCUGGAAAACCCAGAGAGGCUGAAAGAUUUGGAUCUGGAUGCCUUUGCUGAGGAACUUGAGAGACAGGGUUAUGGUAAUAAGGGAAUCACGCUGUAUGACAUCCGUGCAGAGCUCAGCUGUAGAUAUAAAGAUUUACGAGCUCCAUACAGACCCCCCAACACUGAGGAGGUGUUCAACUUGCUCACUAAAGAGACGCCCGAGAGCUUCUAUAUCGGUAAACUGAUCACCUGUGUUGUGACCGGCAUCGCUCAUAGACGGCCGCAAGGUGAGAGUUACGACCAGGCUAUCCGUAAUGAUGAGACGGGACUAUGGCAGUGUCCUUUCUGCCAGCAGGACAACUUUCCUGAGCUCAGUGAGGUGUGGAAUCACUUUGACAGCGGCUCCUGCCCUGGUCAAGCCAUUGGGGUGAGAACAAGGUUAGACAACGCUGUCAUGGGCUUUAUUCCAACGAAGUUUCUCAGCGACAAGGUAGUCAAGCAUCCAGAAGAGAGGGUCAAGGUUGGCAUGACCGUGCACUGCCGCAUCAUGAAGAUUGACAUCGAGAAGUUCAACGUGGACCUCACUUGCAGGACAUCUGACCUGAGCGACAAGAACAACGAGUGGAAGCUUCCUAAAGACACCUACUAUGACUUUGAUGCCGAGACGGAUGAUGUUAAACAAGAAGAGGAACACAAGAAGAAACUACAGAGAACCACUUACAUCAAACGUGUGAUCGCCCACCCGUCGUUCCACAACAUCAACUUCAAACAAGCAGAGAAGAUGAUGGAAUCCAUGGACCAGGGUGACGUGGUGAUUCGACCCAGCAGUAAGGGAGAGAACCACCUGACAGUCACGUGGAAGGUGGCUGAUGGGAUCUAUCAGCAUGUGGACGUGCGCGAGGAAGGAAAAGAGAACGCCUUUAGUCUUGGACAUACGCUCUGGAUCAACAAUGAGGAAUUUGAAGAUCUAGAUGAAAUCACAGCCAGAUAUGUUCAGCCCAUGGCUGCGUUUGCACGAGAUCUGCUCAGUCACAAGUACUUCCUGGAGUGCAAUGGAGGUGAAAGAAAGAAAAUGGAGGAGCUCCUUGUAAGGAGCAAGAAAGAGAAGCCAACAUUCAUCCCCUACUUUGUUUCAGCUUGUAGAGAUCUGCCAGGCAAAUUUCUGCUGGGUUACCAGCCUAGAGGCAAGCCAAGGAUAGAAUAUGUAACCAUCACACCGGACGGCUUUAGGUAUCGCUCCCAGAUGUUCUCUACAGUCAACAGUCUCUUCCGCUGGUUUAAGGACCACUAUCAGGAUCCUGUGCCGGGCGUCACACCCACCAGCAGCAGAACUCGAACUCCUGCAUCAGUGAAUGCCACACCUGCCAACAUUAACAUUGCAGACCUGACCAGAGCGGUUAAUGCUCUCCCGCGAAACAUGACGUCACAGAUGUUCAACGCAAUCGCAGCGGUGACGGGUCAGGGCCAGAACCCCAACACAACACCGGCCCAGUGGGCCUCCAGUCAGUACGGUUACAGCGGAGGCAGCAGCGGGGGAGGAGGCGGCGGCAGCAGCAGCGCUUAUCACGUGUUUGCAACACCACAGCAACCCAUAGCCACGCCCAUGAUGACACCCAGCUACUCUUAUACUACGCCUGGCCAGCAGCAGGCCAUGGCCACGCCCCAGUAUCCCAGCAGCACCCCACAGUCCUCACAUGGACACCAUCCACAUUCUUCCUCAACUCCUUCAUCAUCUUCAUCUAGAGUCCGGACGCCCAAGUCGAGUUCCCACACAGCUGUGGAUUGGGGCAAGAUGGCCGAACAGUGGCUGCAGGAGAAAGAAGCCGAGCGGCGAAAGCAAAAGACGCCCCGCAUGACGCCCCGCCCUUCACCCAGCCCCAUGAUCGAGAGCACGCCCAUGUCCAUCGCCGGAGACGCCACCCCCCUCUUGGACGAGAUGGACCGAUAGGAGUGGGGACAGAGGUGUCCAGGCAUCUCGUACAAAACCAAUCCAUCCACAUCACCCUCCAUCUUUCACUGUCCGCAUCACUCACUCUCGCUGCUAGAAGUAUUUCUUUUCCAGAACGGCAGUCAUUCAGAGCUACUGAUACAAAGACAAACACUUGAAAUGUGGUGACGACAAACAGAUUUAGGAAAUGGACCUAUAAUAAAAGUUUGUCAUGAGGGUUUUCUUUACUUUUUAAAGUGUGUGCAUGACGCACCUCCUUUUUCGUUUCAGUUUUUUAACUCAGAAAUUUAAGAGGAAAGGCUUAACACGCAUGAGAAGUUGCAUGAUUAUGUCUGGUGUUCAAUUCACCAUGAGAUCAUUAGUUCAGAGCCACACAGGCUUUGCCAAACAACUUUUCUUUUUGUAUCUGACAUAACACUUAAAUAAAACCCUGUUUCAGUAUAAACCGUAACACUGGAAUGUUUCUAAAUCUUGUGUUCUGUUAAACUGGUAUGCAACACCUUAAAGCAAUUUAUUAAUCUGCACAAAUAACAAAGUAUGUGACUAUAUCAGAUUGUUAGAACCAUGUUUUAUUGUGUACUUUGAAGCCCUUGUUGGUACCAGUUUGAGAACUUGUAAAAAUUUUGCUUGAAAAUUUUAAUGAACGAAUGCGUUUGGGUUUUGAAUUCUUUGUUUCGAGCAAUGUUUUUAGGGUUUACCAAGUCCAUUUAUUGAGGAUAUAAAGUUUAAACGUGCAUUCAUCUGACAAACACAAGUUCUUGAAUUUUCAAGGUUAAAAAUCAAACAUUACUUCUCUUUGUGCUUUUGCAAGUAAACUGAACUAUUGGGCUACAAUGUAUUGAAACAUUUGACAAACUUUUAUUAUUUUUUAUAAUAGGAGAUUGUUCAUGGUGCAUGUUGGAAUGUAUCUGCCACAGAGGUGUACACAAAUGCUGUUAAUAACUGUUUUGCAGGACGUUUUCCUUUCCUCGUGUACAAUCCCAUGUAUCGCUCUAGACAAAUUGUUACAUUUAAGCAUAAAGAAAACUUCCAGACUUCUAAUACUGUGACUUUUUUCACACACUAUGUCAAACAUUGAUACAUUAUUAAUGGAAAUGACCCACAAGACCCUUAUGAUCUAGAUUUUUUUUCGCCAGUUAGUGAAUCUUGCAUAUAGUGGUGUCGAGUUUUCGGAAGACUUUCUGACCUGAACAUGUGUUCCUUUAACACAGAGGCUGAUGAGCUUAAAGUAUCAUAUCCAUCUGUUCAUUGUAUUUCAGUGCUGAAAUCCAUUUCAUUUCUCUACUUUGAUAAAGUUAUUCAAAUGAAAACAAAUGAU